AACGGUGGUCCAACUUUAGUCAUUCGGCAGUGCCAAAGCAAGCUCAAACAGAACCUAACAGUGUCUUUUAUUUUUUCACCAUUUUCUUAUUCAAACCAGUCAAUUAGAGUUAUACCAUAUGAAGUUUAGUUUUAAGUGGGAGUGUGAGACUGGUAUCAGCAUACCUUAUCUAUUCUUCACUAGUCAGUUUUUUUUUUUUUCGAGUGCCAUUUUUCUUUCCAUAUUCACUCCUUAAAAUUUCUUACCAAUCAUGGACCAAACUCAAAAUGAGUCUGGCUGGAUGCAUUCUAUCAAAGUAACAUUGGGGUCUCUAGAUCACAGAGAGGUUAAGUCCUUCAUCAGCAGCAUUCCUAGUGUUUCAAGCAAGCUUAGAAAAUCCAACGAGGAGGCGUACUCACCAAAGUUUGUCAGCAUUGGACCCUUACAUAGGGGAACAAGUAGCCACCUUCUGGCCAUGGAAGAGCACAAAUGGCGUUACAUGCUAGCUCUUCUUCACAGAACUCAAAAUCCAGUUUCAACCUUGGAUGAGUGCGGCACAGUCAUUCUUGGCUUGGACGAUGCAGUUCGUGCAAGCUACGGAGGUAACAUCAAAUAUGAUCCCCAUGAGCUAGCCAAAAUAAUGUUACUUGAUGGCUCCUUCUUGUUAGAACUUCUCCUUAGAUGUGCACCACCAAACAUGGUACCUCAAAUUCCAAAAGAAGAAAACCAUAAUGGUUCUUCUUCAGAUCCAAUACUAGGACACAAAGAAGUGUUCAUAUCUAUUCUGACUGAUUUCACUCUUCUAGAGAACCAAAUGCCCUUUUUUGUUCUCAAGACAUUGGCAAGGGUACUUUUUCCAGAGGUCUUCACAAGUGAAGCUGAUCAUCUUGUUGCUGAUCUCACACUGUCUCUCUUCAGCUACCCUUUGAUCCGCUGUCCUAGUGUGGCACACUUUCUGCAUCUCAUGCACUUGUCCUCCAUUGUUGAUGAGGGGCAAAAGGUGAAAAAAGCACAGCAAGAGCUAAAGCGUUGCGCCACAAGACUUAGAGCUGCUGGUGUAUCAAUUAGGAAAGUAGAGAGGCACAGCAAACUGGUUCACUGGUUUGGCUUUGACAUAAGAUUUGCAAAAGGGGUGCUUGAAAUCCCUCCACUUCACGUAGUUGAAACAACAGAGGUAUAUUUGAGGAAUUUCAUUGCAUGGGAACAAAGCAGAAUUGGCAUCAACAGGCAAUUCACUUCUUAUGCAUUGUUUCUUAAAGGGUUGAUGUGUUCCUUGCAAGAUAUUGAGCUGCUUGUGGACAGUGGUGUUUUGGUCAAAGAUACUAAGAUCAGCAACAGAGACUUGCUCACUUUGUUCGGCACAAUCACGAAGGGGGUGGACCAGAUGGACUCUAGUUACAGUAAACUUUGUGAGGACUUGAAUGCUUACUCAGCAGUGAAUCAUUUGAGAAAGUCCCCUAUACUGAUAUGGCAUUGUUGCAACCUUUGUGUGGAAUGCAUCAGAUACUCUUGCAAACACAGCUACAAAAUCUUGAUCAGGGAUCAUAUACCAAAUGUGUGGAAACUGAUAGGAAUUUUGGUAGCUGCAGUGCUGCUUGCUCUUACCAUUAUGCAGACCUACUAUUCAUCUCGUGGCUGAGUAAAUUUUGGUAAGUAUGUGCAUAACCAUGAGUCCAUGAUUCACAUGGUUGACAUACAUUUUCAUUAUUAUGCAAACAUGUCAAACUUUCAACAAAAGAAAUAUACUCUUACAAAAUUAAUUGUGUUAAUUCAGGCCUAUUGAUUAUUUUGCAUGUAUAUCUUUUAAAUAUGAGCACAAUAAAUUGGCAUAUAUGAUGUUUAUUUAUACCGU